AUGCACACCUCCGCUUCCCGUGCAACUUCCAGAGUCCCCCUGGCCUACGAAGUACAUGAGCCAAAGAGCAAAGGACCAGACGAACAUCGACCCCCGAUCAUUUUUCUCCAUGGAUUCCUGGGAUCCAAGAGGGAGAAUGCGCGGGUAAGCAGGCUUUUGUCGCAAGAUCUAUCGCGACGGGUGUUUGCUCUGGACCUCCGGAACCAUGGUGACUCAGGCCACCACCAGAGGCACGACUACAUGGAGAUGGCAUUGGACGUUGAGUCAUUCAUCAAGAAGCACAAAUUUGAGAGCGCAACAGUCAUCGGUCAUUCGAUGGGCGCUAAAGCAGCAUUGACUCUAGCUCUUCAUAAUCCCGACAUUGUGUCAAAUGUCGUUGCGGUCGACAACGGCCCAAUUGCUCUGCCCAUACCGAGCGAUUUCAAAAGGUAUAUGGAAGGCCUGGCAGAGGUAGAACAGGCCCAUGUCCGAACUCAUGCGGAGGGAGAGCGGAUUCUUGCAAAAUUCGAGGAGGCACUCCCCAGUUGUACGACUAUUUCUGCUGAGCAACUUUAUCAAGGACAGUCACCACAAAUACCUAAGGUCACGUCUUCCCCUUGA